UACUACGUGAAAUGCUAGGCAUGAAGGCGUUUUAAUUUGAGGGGGCAUGUUGGAAAUUCAAAUUAAAAGCCAUGUGAUGUCUAACUAUCUGUCCAUGUGAUGCUAGCUUUUCUUUCCAGGUUGUAUCCAGCAAAUAUAAACAUCAUUGCUCCUCCAUCUGUUAACCGAAAGCUGAUUUAAAGACAGCAGAGAUGUGAGCUGUUGUGUGCUAGCCGAAAGGUUGUGUUUGCAAGCUGGAAGGAUGCAAUGCAUGUGUGUGCCAACUAUCCAAAGUUGCUGCAUGUGUUUGAAAGGGUGGAAAGAUGAGUACAAGAAAAAGUCUUUCUCAUCGCUGCAUGCUUUUCUGCUGAGAGAGGAGGCAAUGGCAAGUUCUUAUUCGGGAGCUGUUAGUGUUGUUCAGGUGGGUUCGUACUUUGUGACCCAGUACUAUCAGAUUCUUCAAAAGCAACCUGAUGUUGUUCAUCAGUUCUAUUCUGAUGGAAGCUCCAUGAUUCGUGUCAAUGGCGAUUCCACGGAAUCUGCUGCCGGUAUACUGGUAAUUGGUGUCUUCUUACUCUUAGCAGCACGGAAUUGAGUUUCCUGGUUCUGUUAUUUUUAUUUUUCUUUGGUCAAGGAUAAAUCAUCCUGUGUUUCUAGGAAAUGAUAGUCACUAUGCAUUGGCUUGGUCUUAAUUUUUACUAUUUUGACCAAGAGGUGUGCCCCAGUUUGAUUUUAAAACUUGCCUCUCUAUUAUUAUGUUAAGCUACAAUUAAAUGUUUGUUGGAGUCUGAAUAUCAGGAAUUGGAAUGUUGUUUAUUGACUUUUUCUGCAUAUGCACCGUUUGCUCCCUCUAACGUCCCCGAUGCUUUCCUUUAAUCUUGGAUAACUUAAGAUUGUUGUUGUCUGUCAUCAUCUGUAAGAUUGCAGAUAAGUGGUAGUUGAUGAGGUUCAUCCCAAUUACGAACAAAGAACAAAUAAAAAAGACACUUUAGAUGUAUUGAGUUGUUGGAAUUGAUUAUCACCUUAAGAUUGUUGUUGGCCGGUAAGGAAGGGGUUACUGAGGGAGGUAUGGGAGAGUUUGAUUUCUCUGUUUCCUCCCUUGAUUCAACAGGUAAUGCACUGUUUUCAGUUGGUGUCCUCUGACUCAAAUUUAAAAAUGGUUUCUUGACUGUUUAGUUGGUUGAACAACAUCCUUUCCUACUUUAUAAAUCUCAUUU